UCCUCCGUCAGUACAAAAACCUGAAAAUAUAUAGUGUAAGCAGCUUACUUUAUUAGUUCCAGUUCAUUUUUGAAUUGUGAGAAUAUUUCAAAAAUGUCCAAACCCAGCUCAAAAUGGACUGAAUUGUCGAAACCACUAAGCCGCCCGGUUUUAGAAACAAUCGACAAAAUUGGCUUUAGUGAAAUGACACCGGUGCAGGCGGCUACAUUACCUUUACUGUUAUCCUACAAAGAUGUUGCUGCUGAAGCUGUUACAGGUUCUGGCAAAACCUUGGCAUUCGUAGUUCCACUACUGGAACUAUUGCUUAAACGUCAACGAGAGACGAUCUGGAAAAAGUUUGAAAUUGGUGCUAUCAUAAUUUCGCCAACCCGAGAACUAGCUGUGCAGAUUAGUAAGGUGUUGGAAGAAUUUCUAGAACAUGAUGACUUGAAACAGUUUAAACAGAAAUUACUUAUCGGCGGAAGCUCCGUAGAAGAAGAUGUUGAUUCGCUAAGAAAAGAAGGUGCAAAUAUCUUGGUUGCCACACCAGGAAGGUUGAAAGAUCUCUUGGAAAGAAAAGGAGAUCCUAAUUUGCCCACAAAAGUUAGAGGUCUUGAACUGUUAGUGCUCGACGAGGCUGAUCGAUUGUUGGAUCUAGGCUUCGAAGCCACAAUAAACACAAUUCUCGGUUACUUGCCUAGACAAAGAAGGACGGGAUUGUUUUCGGCAACACAAACAAAAGAAGUUAAGGAUCUAAUGAGAGCUGGCUUGAGAAAUCCAGUGCUGGUUAGUGUGAAAGAAAAGGCCACCGUUAGUACUCCAAAAUUGUUGCAAAAUUACUACGUUGUUGUGGAGCCCGAAAAUAAACUUACUGCUUUGCUUAGCUUUAUUCGAAAGCAACAGCUACAAAAAGCCAUGAUAUUUUUUCCGACUUGUGCAUGUGUUGAAUACUGGAGCAUAGCCCUUGCAGAGCUCCUGCAGCAAACAAAAGUGUUGGCACUUCAUGGAAAAAUGAAAGCACAGCGAAAUCGGAUAUUGACCGAGUUUCGGGAAUCUAGCUGCGCCCUACUGCUGUGUACAGAUUUACUAGCGCGAGGAGUAGAUAUCCCUGAGGUAGAUUGGGUAGUGCAAUGGGAUCCUCCUUCUAAUGCAGCUUCCUUCGUUCAUAGAGUUGGUAGAACGGCAAGGCAAGGUCAAGAAGGGAAUGCACUGAUAAUGCUGCUACCUUCUGAGGAUUCCUACGUUGAGUUUCUUACACGCAAUCAAAAAGUUUCCCUCAAACAAGUAUCCCUAGAUUCGGACGCGAAAAAGCUGCGCAAAGUGCUCAAAGUUCUUCAUCGCCUGCAAAUAAAUGAUCGCGGUGUGUUUGAUAAAGCAAGUCGCGCUUUUGUGUCCCACGUGCAGGCCUACAGCAAGCACGAAUGCAAUCUUAUUUUGCGCGUGAAAGACCUUGAUCUAGGAAAGGUUGCCACGAGCUAUGGGUUGCUGCAGCUUCCCAGAAUGCCAGAAAUGAAGGAACAUUUCAAGCAAAGUUUCCAGGGCCCGGAGGAACAAGUUGAUAUUUUUAAACUGGUCUACCGAGACAAGCAAAAGCAACAGUCCUACGAAAAGAAGGUAAAAGAAUUCGAGGAAACGGGAGAGUGGAAGAGUAAAAAGAAAAUGCACAAAAAGAACUCUGUCCCUUGGGAGUUGGCAAAAAAGGCUCGCGAGGAGCGGAAAGAAACGCGCAAAAAGCGUCGAGAAGAAAAGCAAAAGAGGAAGGCAUCCGCCGCCGUAGCAACGGAUGAAACAACUGGUGAGCAAGUUAAGAGGAAAAAGGCAAAGUUUUCACAGGAAGAACUGGAUGAGCUGGCAAAUGAUAUACGAGCUUUGAAAAAACUGAAAAAGAAGAAGAUUACCGAAGAGGAAUUCGAUGAUGAAUUGGGACUCGACGGCAGCGAUAAUGAAAUUGGUGUUGAGAAGAAGUGAAACUUCUCGUAUGUAGGUAUUGUUAAUAACUUUUUUAUAGGUAUUUGAAAAAAAUGUUCAGAAUACUAAACUCGUGUUUUAUUCGUUGUGAAAAAUGUAAUACAUUU